AUGGGGAAAGAGGAGUGGGACAAUUUGACAUCACCAGUGGAGUUCAUCCUGCUGGGAAUGGGGAAUGUUGCUUCACUCCAGACACCACUCUUCUUCCUCCUGCUCCUUAUCUACUCAGUGACUGUGGUUGGGAAUAUCCUCAUCUUUGUGCUGGUCGUGGUAGACCAGCACCUGCACACCCCCAUGUACUUCUUCCUGGGCAAUCUGUCCUCCUUGGAAACCUGCUACAGCUCCACCAUCCUGCCCCGGCUGCUGGCCAGCUUGACGAAUGGGGACAGGACCAUCUCUGCUCACAGCUGUAUGGCUCAGUUCUACUUCUUUGGCUGCUUUGCAACUACUGAGUGUUACCUGCUGGCCGUGAUGUCCUAUGAUCGGUACCUGGCCAUAUGCCAGCCCCUGCUCUACACAAGCCUCAUGACCUGGAAGGUCUGUCUCAAGUUAGUGGCUGCAUCUUGGCUAGGGGGACUGCUAAUUUCUCUAAUACCUACCACUUUCAUAUCUCACCAGAGAUUCUGUGGCCCUAAGGCAAUCGACCACUUCUUCUGUGAUUUUACCCCAUUGCUGGAGCUUGCCUGCACUGACAUUACAAUGUUCACACAAAUGACAUUAAUAAUCUCUUUGCUUGAUCUGGUCUUCCCGUUCCUGUUCACGCUGACCUCCUAUGUAUACAUCAUAGCUGCCAUCCUGAGGAUCUCGUCGUGCGUGGGGAGGCAGAAGGCCUUCUCCACCUGCUCC